UCUGGGUUUGCCGUGCGGAAGUUGUAUAACAGCAGCCUUAUGUAUACACUCUCAGCAUGAGCUAAUGGUAUAUUCAAUCUAAGACUUUACUCUUACAGCUUCACAACAGCCAACAAAAUGGUGAAUAUCGGUCUCACCAAAGUGGACGAUGCGCUGGCAGCAAAACAUCCGGGUUUAGGGAGUUAUGCUGCCUGUCAGUCUCACGCCUUCAUGAAGGGAACUGGGACCUUUAUUCUUGGCGCUGCCGGUUUAUUUGCCCUUCAGAUGGGUCUCCAGAGGAAGCUUCCUUAUCCUCUCCAGUGGAACCUAUUAAUUUCAAUAGUGGCGUCAUCAAUGGGAAGUUAUGCAGUGACUCGCUGGGAAACACAGAAAUGCUCAGACCUUUGGUUGCUGCUAGAAACAGGCAAAGUCCCGGACAGAUCGCCACCGCAAGUGCCUAAACUAGAGGAAUCAAAAGGACCUGAGAAGACAAAAUAUGGAGACGUGAUGGAAUGAACAUAGUAACAAAUGUGUGUAUCUACUGUAUAUAAAUACACAUUUUCUGAAAAAAAUACCAUGGUGGAGAUAUUCAGAAGUGUACUGGGUGUGAGAUUGUACAUACUGUAUUCAUUUUUACAUCCCAGUGUCUUUUUUUUCUCAGAAUUUGUGGAGCUUUUGAAUUUCAUAACAGCAUUACCGUGUGGAUAAACAGAUGAGUUUCCCGAAUCAGAGGUCAGGAAUUAGUUUUGGUUCUUUAGGAGGAAUCCCAUGUUAAGCUUGUGAUCCGGUAUUAUUAUUUGGAUGCAUUUGUUUGACAUGCAACAGAAUUAACACUGCAUUGCAACAACCAGCCACUAGUUGUCACCUUAUACCUCCUGGGAUUUGUAGAGCUGUAUCUUGUAGUCACUGGUGGCUCAACCAAACCAGUAAAUUACCAGUUUUACUGUUUUCAAGCGUAUGAUCUAAAAUACACAUUGGUGAUUUUAAUCAUAUAUGCCUUGGACUACAGAAGACAACUCAUGGUGGAACGAUUCAUCCUUUUCUAUUAAUAAAUACUCAACUACUUAAUAAAAUGCCCAGGGCAGCAGUAUAAUCCACAUGAAAUCGUUCACGGUUGCUGGCUGCUUUAAGCCACUGCAUGUUCAUUCAUCCGUCCUCAGUUCAGUGAUGCUGUAAUUAACCCUGCCACAUAUCUGGAUGACUAACUAUUAAUCCGGAUUGGAUUUAUAUCAAUUUGGCAUCUGUGCUUAAAAAAAUCAAUUCCAUGAGGUUAGGUGAAAUUAGGAAGAUGAAAAUAAAUACAGAAGUCAUUGCAAAUUCAGUGUUUGCCACUUGAUUUAGGCAAACAUGAAUAAGAACUGAGAAACUGGAGAGAGAAAAGAUUUAAUAUCUUCCUCCAUCCUGCUUAUAGAUGAAGGAUUUUACUGAUUAUCUUGCUCUAUUGAGCUGUAAAAUCAUUCUCAAACCCACUCUUUGUUGUAUAUUUUUUAUUAUUAAAAGUAAACAAUUGUUAAGAAGUAUAUAAUACAAUAAAUACUUUUUAAAAAGGCCAUCGUACAGUACUGUAUAUGUAGCUCUUCUUCCUAACAAGUUUGAGUGCAGUUAUUGUUGCUUUGGACAAAAGUGUGUAAUUAUGCUGAUAUAUAGAGUAGAAAAACAUAACGCUGAUCCCUCCACCCAUCAUCCACAGACACAAAGACGCCCACAUGUUUGUGUUUUUAAAAUACGGAGAGGGGGAUAUAGGACAAUGUACCAUGAAAGAGAAGUGGCACUGUGCAGCUGUCAGAGUGGAUCUGAUGCCCACCUCAAACAAAAAAACAUACUAAAUUCAGAUAUUUAAAAAAAAGUAAAAAUUGCAGAAAUAUCUCAAAAUCAUUGUUAUAUCAUCACCAUUUCCCAGAUUAAAAUGAGGUUCGUCACUGUUUUAAAGGACCAGUGUGUGGGAUUUAGUGGCAUGUAGUGCAGACUCCAACUUCCUCGCUUCACCCUCCCCCUUAUUAUAUUCCGUUUCUGUCAAUAGAUCCUCCUAAAUGUUACACACUGGACCUUUAAAAGGACAUAACAUACAUGACAUGUCCAAUAAUACACUGGAUGCCUUCUCUGGCUACAUUGUUUUUUUACUAAGCAAGGAUAAACACACAAUUGAAAAUACAAUGAUAGAUUGUAUUGUUCUGGUAACUAAAUCACACAAAAAAAGAAACAUAAAGACUCUGAGGUGGAAAAGUAAUGAUAAAAAAAAAAAAAGUCUGAACUGCUAAAAACUGAAACACUAGGUCCAUACUCUACACUUCUAUAUACAGUAUAAUGAUGAAGCCUAGUUACAUUAUGGUAAAUCCUCAAUUGUAUACACAAACCGUAGAUAAAUAAUACUAUAAACCGAUUUAAUACUAAUAUGUGGCACAUAGGGGAAUUCUGCUGAUCCUGGUUAGGCAAGUACCCAGAUUCCAAGGUACUAGCCUGUUGAAUUGAAACCUGCCAUUCCCACAUCAUGUCGCCUCCACACAGACAGAUGUUAUCAACUGUAUGUGAUUUAAUUUUGUUAAGUAGAAGCCAAGUUCCUUUAAAAUCCCUGUGCAGACCCUGAAGAACUGAAGACACUCAAAUCUGCCGGUGGUGCCCAUGCAAAAGUGCUGAAAACGGCUCUAAAUGGAUGUAAAUGUUUCAAUUUAAAGGUUGGAAUAAAUGUAAAUCUCUAAUACCAUUUAGGCUCAGUUGAUGCAGAAUCAUUUGUGUUGGUAAACAAGUCCACUUAAGAAAAAUGUGAUAAUGUUCAACAAUUCACACUGUGACUAUUUGCAUAGCUGAACAAGUUUGUACAAUAAGGUGUUAGCAACAUAAAUUCUGCACCACACAGUGCAGGCCAUUGAAACAAUAGAGUCUUUCAAGCAGGCUUUAACACCUCGAGUGAAUGAAGCGACCAAAGUCCAGGCUCCUUAAUUCAUGGAGAACAAACCGAAAGAAAGUCCAUAAGUAAUUCUGAGAGCUGAAAACAGAAGCUCACACAAGCGCAGUGGGAAACAUUUUUACAGUGUUUGUAAAAAAGAAAAAAAUGUCAGGAUCUUAGCGAUCCUCAUAGUAAAAGCAAUCUGAACAAGGGAAGAUUUUGGCUUUGGAUUAAUCUGAAUCCACCCCCACUCUUGUUUCCCUCUCGCUCUUGUCCUCCCACUGUAAUUCAAAUCGGAUUUAACACCUCCAAGAUUUGUCUUGAAUUCUCUUUCACUGUCUCUCUCCAUCUCAAAAAUAAAGGCUUCGUGAAUUGAAUAA